GUGCUAUAAAUAGUGAGAAACUUAUAGCGUUUUCUUAACGCAAAAUUUGUUUCGUCUUUGAUUUGUUUCUUCAUAUUUUCAAUUCUGUUUUGCAGCCAACAGCCAUGCUUCUCUACCAAGACCUUCUAACAGGUGAUGAACUUCUUUCCGAUUCUUUUCCAUACAAUGAAAUUGAGAAUGGGAUGCUAUGGGAAGCGGAAGGAAAGUGGGUUGUACAAGGGGCAAUCGACGUAGACAUCGGGGCGAACCCGUCUGCCGAAGGUGCCGAUGAGGACGAAGGUGUAGAUGAUCAAGCUGUCAAGGUUGUUGACAUUGUUGACACAUUUAGACUUCAGGAACAACCUCCGUUUGACAAGAAGCAAUUCAUCACAUACAUGAAAAGAUACAUCAAAUUGCUAACUCCUAAACUAGACGAAGAAAAACAAGAGUUGUUCAAGAAAUAUAUCCCAGAGGCAGCCAAGUUUCUCAUUUCAAAGAUCAAUGACCUCCAAUUCUUUGUGGGCGAAGGCAUGCAUGAUGAUGGGACAAUGGUUUUUGCAUACUAUAAAGAAGGGGCAACCGAUCCAACCUUUAUCUAUAUUGCUUAUGGGUUGAAGGAAGUCAAGUGCUGAAGGAAUCCCAUCGAAUUUCAACAUAUCAUACUUUUCUUUUUACUUUUUACUUUUUUACCCUUUCUUCUUUUCUUUUUCUUUUUUUCUUUUUACUUUUUCUUUUACUUUUUUAGUUCAUUGUCAAAGUUUUUUUUUUUUUUUCCUUUUUUCAGAAGACUUGAGAAUUUAUAUUAAGCUUAUGCUCUAAUGGAGUAAUAUAAUGUGACAAUGAGGCUUUUUCUCUUUUA